UUGGUGUUGGUAUGGGUGGUGUUGGAUUUGGUGCUGGUGUUGGUAUAGGUGGUGUUGGAUUUGGUGCUGGUGUUGGUAUAGGUGGUGUUGGAUUUGGUGCUGGUGUUGGUAUAGGUGGUGUUGGAUUUGGUGCUGGUGUUGGUAUAGGUGGUGUUGGAUUUGGUGUUGGUGUUGGUAUAGGUGGUGUUGGAUUUGGUGCUGGUGUUGGUAUAGGUGGUGUGGUGUUGGAUUUUGGUGUUGGAUCACUUGCAGUGUGAGUAAAAGUGAACGAAGGCAUUGAUUAACAAUAUCAAGUCACUUGCAAGCACAAGCACAGGGUAACUGAGACACAUCUGUGUUAAAAGAUGAUGAAGGAUCCCUAAGCAGGGGUUUUGGCCAGUGUUUCUGGGAUGACUAUGGCUGGAGAAUCCUUUCCUGGCUUUCUGUGGCAGUGAAGAUGCUGUCUUUUCCUCACCCACUUGCAGACUGUGCUCUGCAUAACUCCCUGCAGUUGUUUGAUUUUUCUCUUUCUCAGCAGAAACUGUGAUCUCUCUACAAACUAAACCUAUGAAUAUGUUUCAGAUUGAAAGAGUUUGUCAGAUGAUUUCAUUAUAAUAUAAUGUAAACACCUUCUGUGACUUACCAAAGGCUAGGAUAAACACCGGUAUUCAGGGCGUGGGGUGCUUGGCUUUCAUUUCCAAGUAGCCAUUCCUUGCUGUGCGGCCUUGAUCUGACAGUGAAUUUAUUCAGGUUGCUUCCACCUAGUGGCUGUUGUAAGGUGCACACAUCAGCCUGGGAGAAUGCUGGAUCUGUAGCAGUGUCAGGAUACAGCUUGAAACUUCCCCUUUCUGUGUGAAUGGGGAGCAAUAUGUAACGAGCUGAUUCUGCAGGAAGCCAUUCUGGAGGUAGCUUUUGCUAUAAUCUGUAACAUGAUACAGCUGUGCAACUUAUGUGCCUGGAAAUGUGCCAUGAAACGUGCCACUUUUUUUCAUUGUUUCCAUUGUUUUAACAAACAUUUGUUUUUCUAACAAAUGUUUUUAUUCUGUAUGCUCGCACAAGUCAAAAUUGGACUUGUAUCUUUGCUCUUCAAACUGUAACUGAUAGACUUUUCUUGGAAAAUGCAGAAUUGGAUUAGGCAGAAAUUCCCAAUCCAACACUUAAUGUUACUGGAGGUAAGGCUGUACUUUCCUUCUCAUUAGUUGAUCAAGUAUCUUUAAUUUAAACCAAUCAGUUGACUGUGCUCAUUACUUGAGGAAGCUGUUACAUAAUGCCAGUCCUGUGGCAUAAAAACUUCACAAAUUAAAGGUAUUGCUGACUAGUUAAUACCUAGCUGUGAUUUUGCAAGUGUUGCUCCUCCUCUUAAAUAUCUUUUUCUCUUAGGGAAUGUUUAAAUAACCUGAACUUUUCCAGAGCGGACAGACCUUUUUGUGUGCUGCUUCUGAGUGCUAAAUAGGACACCUGUAUAAUUUCUUGUGCAAGAAUUUCCUUUUGUUUUCACUUUUCAUACGCAUGUUGAUGGUGUUGUGGUAGUUGUCGUUGUUCCAUAAGAUAUUUUAUUUCAGUUAACGUAUCACAAACGCUUCUGGGACGAUGGCUCUCUGGAUACGUGAUGGGAAUUUCUAAGAUUACUCUGUUCUGGGAUCAUAUGUGUGUCACCUCGUAGCUCGUUCAUUUGGUGACAAAUUAAGACAUCAACAUGCUCUAGUUUCCUUUCUCUUACAUAUUAAUUUGCUGCUCUUAUUUUUCCAAGUUUCCUCUAGUCUUGGAAUUCCAUUCUCUUUUGCCUUUGUGCCUGGCAUUAUUUCUGCUGUCUUUGGUGCUCUCAUUUUUCUUUGGGUUACAGUGCUAAUGCAGUAUUUACUGUGAGGUGAGAAGCAACACAGUGUGCAGUACAUUCUAUUUACAUGUGAUAUAAAUGCCUGCACGAUUAGUUGUACUAUGUAAUUUGCUGCUUUGAUAUACUGAGUGACUUUGUUAUCUGUUUU